GCAUCAUUGGCAAGGUCACAAGCGCAUGCGUAUUACCAAAACGAUGAUGCGACUGUUGCUACACGUUCUCGUUCUCGCGUUUGUUGCUUUUCUGGCAACUCAAGCAGAAGAUUCUAGAGGAAGAAAUGACAAAAAUACGACGCAAAAAGGUAGUGUACUGCCUACAAAUCCUCCAAUGAGGGCGACUACGGAUUACUCUAAUGUUUUGAAAAGAACCAUGUAUGUGCUCGGCGCUGUUUGUGCUAUUGUAGCUUGUAUCUUCGUCGUACGAGCAGUAAGGACAUCACGACGACAUUCGAAAAGAUCGAAUGGUAAACAAAGUCACCGAAUCGAAAUGGUACCGUUGGCGUUAGGCAGAGAUGACGAUGACGACGAUACAACUAUCUACGAUGCAUCCAAGGUGUAAGUGCGGUCACUCGUACGUUCUUGUAGAUCAUCUGUGUGUGGCUGACGACUAUAGAUAAGGUACACUGUACAUGUACUGUAUCUAUUGAAGUAGUUUGGUACAAACUUAUGAAAUAGAUGACUUCUUUGAGUUCUAUGUUGGAUCGUGGAACGGAAUUUUGGUAUCAUAGCGACCUUGCUAGGAACACUCAAUAUGUGUUCUC